AUCCAUUUUAUUCCCGAAACCCUAAAUCUACCUUGCGUUUUCCUCAAUCCACUCAUCAUCUCGCCUCGCCGUUUCUUCUUGAUUCUGCGGCUAAAUUUCAUCUGUUUAUUAGCUCAUGAUAUUGGAUGUUCUGAGAAGUAUUAUAAUUUCUUCCAGAGCUCGGUAAAAUGAGAGACGUCAAAGUGAAAGCUAAUUCUAAGUCAACUGAAGAAGAAGAAGAAAAUGAGAUGUCUUCGUCACUGAGCGUUAAAUCCACACCGGAGAUCGAGAAAAAGUAUGUUCAUCGAGUGUACGACGCUAUUGCUCCACAUUUCAGCUCCACAAGGUUUGCUAAGUGGCCUAAAGUCGCUGCCUUUCUCGAGUCGUUGCCUUCUGGAUCUGUGGUUCUUGAUGCAGGUUGCGGAAACGGCAAGUAUCUGGGGUUAAACCCGAGCUGUUUCUUUAUAGGAUGCGACAUAAGUAACCCACUUAUCAAAAUCUGCUCGGAUAAAGGCCAAGAGGUUCUCGUUGCAGACGCUGUCAAUCUUCCUUACAGAGAGGAGUUCGGCGAUGCAGCCAUCUCCAUUGCGGUUUUGCAUCACUUGAGCACCGAGAACAGAAGGAAGAGUGCCAUCGAGGAACUGGUUCGGGUCGUUAAGCCUGGUGGAUUCGUUCUCAUCACGGUUUGGGCGGCAGAGCAGGAAGACAAAUCUUUGCUCACUAAAUGGACACCAUUGUCUCCAAAGUAUGUUGAGGAAUGGGUCGGACCAGGUAGUCCAAUGAACAGCCCUCGUGUAAGGAACAACCCGUUCUUCGGUCUUGAGAGCAUUCCAGAGACUGACGUGAGUGCAAAGGAGCAAAAGGCUGAGACCAGCCCAUCCUUCGGUCUUGAGAGCAUUCCAGAGACCGAGGAGAGCACGAGAGAGCCAAAGGCUGAGAGCGUCCCAGAGACCCAAGAUAGCUUGGGCGAGCAAAAUGAUAAGAGCUCUGUUGAAGUGUUAUUGGAGGCUCUGAAGAUGAAUCAGCAAGAGUACUUUGUUCCAUGGCAUUUACCGUACCACCGUGCUGAAGUUAGUGGUGCAUCCGCUUCUGCACUUGCAAGUGGCCUUGCGAAGAAAGACGAUAGAAAAGGAACUGUUGUGUACAACAGAUACUACCACGUCUUCAGUGAAGGCGAACUUGAAAGGUUGGCAUCUGGAGUAGGCAAUGCAAUGAUAGUUGAUAGAUUUUACGACAAGUCCAAUUGGUGUAUUGUUCUUCAGAAAGAAGCUUUAAACCAAGAUUGAUAAUCGACUGAAACCAGACUCUGGCUUCAAACUCAGUUAUACUUUUCUUCCUCUUUCUGACAUGGGAACUCCAUUGCAGCCACCAUUGGAGGUUUUUUCAUAUGUAAUCGAAUCUUUUCUAUGGUUGUAGUUGGAUUCUGUGGCAGCUCAUUUGUUGUGCAAUUGUUGGCGUUAAGGCUUCGUAUUAUCUGUAACGAUUAGUCUACAAGAUAAACAAAAUGUCAUUUGUAUAACAACAAAAAGAAAAAAAAGGCAUGAAUGUUUUGUCAA